CGGGCUGGGCGGCCGAGGCGCAUUCACUUCCAGGUCAAGGGGGUAAAAAACAGGGAGGAGGGAACGAGGAUUAAAAAAAAAAAAAAACAACCUAAACCCUGGAGCCGAGUUCCGGGCCUCGGCUCCCUCGGCAGCGGCGCCGCGAUGGAGGAAGCUUCUCCUUAUUCUUUACUUGACAUCUGUUUGAAUUUCCUGACUGCGAACUUAGAGAAGUUUUGCACAGAAAGGCAAGAUGGAACACUAUGCUUGCAGGAACCAGGAAUGUUUCCUCAAGAAGUGGCUGAUCGAUUGCUGCAGACAAUGGCAUUUCAUGGGCUUCUGAAUGAUGGAACUGUGGGCAUCUUCCGAGGCAACCAGAUGCGUUUGAAACGAGCUUGUAUCCGGAAAGCGAAAAUCUCUGCUGUGGCUUUUCGGAAAGCAUUCUGCCAUCACAAGCUGGUAGAACUUGAUGCUACUGGGGUGAAUGCAGAUAUAACAAUCACAGACAUUAUAAGUGGACUUGGCAGCAAUAAAUGGAUCCAGCAAAAUCUGCAAUGCAUUGUGCUGAACUCACUAACUCUUUCUUUGGAAGACCCAUAUGAGAGGUGCUUCAGUCAGCUUUCUGGGCUUCGUGCAUUGAGUAUUACCAAUGUUCUGUUCUACAAUGAGGACUUGGCAGAUGUUGCUUCACUUCCUAGAUUAGAAAGUCUGGAUAUAUCGAACACCACUGUCACUGACAUAACUGCACUCCUCACCUGCAAAGACCGACUCAAGUCUUUGACCAUGCACCACCUGAAAUGCUUGAAAAUGACCACAACCCAGAUUUUGGAUGUUAUAAGAGAACUGAAAUACCUGAAUCACCUUGAUAUUUCAGAUGACAAACAGUUCACGUCAGACAUAGCACUUCGUUUACUGGAACAGAAAGAUAUCUUGCCUAACCUUGUGUCUUUGGACAUUUCUGGAAGAAAACAUGUUACGGAUAAAGCUGUAGAAGCGUUUAUUCAGCAACGACCCACAAUGCAGUUUGUAGGACUGCUAGCUACUGAUGCCGGCUACUCAGAAUUCCUGACAGGAGACGGAAACCUAAAGGUGUCAGGAGAAGCAAAUGAAACUCAGAUUUCUGAAGCACUGAAGCGUUACAGUGAACGGGCCUUCUUUGUGCGAGAAGCACUCUUUCAUUUAUUCAGCCUCACACAUGUAAUGGAAAAAACAAAGCCAGAAAUUUUAAAGCUUGUGGUUAUUGGAAUGAGAAAUCACCCCUUGAACUUGCCUGUGCAGCUGGCAGCAAGUGCGUGUGUCUUCAAUCUAACGAAGCAAGAUUUAGCAGUAGGCAUGCCUGUGCGACUUCUGGCUGAUGUCACUCACUUGCUCCUGAAGGCCAUGGAACACUUCCCAAAUCAUCAACAGCUGCAAAAGAAUUGUCUUCUUUCACUGUGCAGUGACAGAAUCCUUCAGGAUGUUCCAUUUAACAGAUUUGAAGCAGCCAAACUUGUUAUGCAGUGGCUGUGUAAUCAUGAAGAUCAAAACAUGCAAAGGAUGGCUGUAGCCAUAAUUUCCAUUCUUGCUGCAAAGCUUUCAACAGAGCAAACAGCUCAACUUGGUGCAGAGCUCUUCAUUGUUAGGCAACUUCUACAAAUAGUUAAACAGAAAACAAAUCAGAAUCUUGUAGAUACCACCCUCAAGUUCACAUUGAGUGCACUUUGGAACCUCACUGAUGAAUCUCCAACGACGUGUCGGCACUUCAUUGAAAAUCAAGGAUUGGAGCUUUUCAUGAGAGUCUUGGAGUCUUUUCCAUCUGAAUCAUCCAUCCAACAGAAAGUUCUUGGACUUCUGAAUAACAUAGCUGAAGUUAAAGAACUUCAUUCUGAAUUAAUGUGGAAGGACUUUAUAGACCACAUCAGUAAAUUGUUGCACAGUGUGGAGGUGGAAGUUAGCUACUUUGCAGCAGGGAUUAUUGCUCAUUUGAUAUCUCGAGGAGAGCAGGCCUGGACAUUAAGUCGCAGCCAGAGGACUUCUCUUCUUGAACAGCUGCAUUCUGCCAUUUUGAAUUGGCCAACCCCAGAAUGUGAGAUGGUGGCUUACAGGUCUUUCAAUCCGUUUUUUCCUCUGCUUGGCUGUUUUAUGACACCUGGUGUCCAGUUAUGGGCAGUGUGGGCCAUGCAGCAUGUCUGCAGCAAAAAUCCUGCCAGAUACUGCAGCAUGUUAAUUGAAGAAGGUGGUUUACAGCACUUAUACAACAUCAAGGAGAACGUCCAGACUGAUCCACAUGUCCAAAGGAUUGCUAUUGCCAUCCUAGAUAGUUUGGAAAAACACAUUAUGCGUCAUGGGAGACCACCACCGUGUAGGAAACAGCAACAAAACAAACCGAACUGAAAGCUGCAGGGAGAGGAGAAAGAUCAUUAGAGCCAAAUACUGACUUGUCUUCAUCAUGAAGAGGAUUGCAUGUCUUGACAGGAGGCCCAGGGUAUUUGGUCACCUUAUUUAUAAGAAACUAAUGACUGCUCCAUUGUUUUCUGUAAAUAUUCUCUCAGUAUUGUGCAGUGAAUUGUAUUUACAAAUCAUCACAGUGAAAAAUAUCACCCAGUGUUCUAUGUAAGCCCUGUGUCAGUUGCAUUGUUCUGUGGAGUGUGGAAUUUUACAUCAAAGAUGCUAAUUGUAACAGCUUAUUUCCCUCUUGGUUACCUAUGGGUUUCAA